CUCCGCCAUCUCCGCCAUCUCCAUCCUCUUGUCGUAUUCAAACGUGUGUUUUGCGGCAAAGAUAAGUAUUCCCUUACGGAGAGAUCCUGGUAGAAAUGAGACCAACGUAUCAAUAAAGCCUACAGCGGAAUCUUGUGGGACCGAAAUAUACUACCAAUAGCCCGGUUUCGUCUCUCUCACUUCCACGAACUAGGCCCGUCGUCAGGCUCGUACAAUGGGUUGGCUGAAGCUCAGGAGUACAGACGCCGAUACCAAAUGCCAACCGCCACUCGGCGUAUUCCAAGACAACUUGAAAGUGGCCACCCAGUACAUCGAAACAAUAUCACCUGGUUCGAGCAAAUCACAAUUUCCUUUCAUCGAUGUUUCUGUUCCAGAUGAUCAAUUGCCUUUCAUCUCUCCGGAGAAUGUUGUCAAGCAAGUCUCGGUAGACGCAGGUGGGCUAUUCAUUGUUAUUGAUAACGUUGUGUAUAACUGCACGGACUUUAUAACAGAGCACCCUGGUGGAGAGCAAAUCAUCAAAUCCUUCAGUGGAGCAGAAUGUAGCUGGCAAUUUUGGAGAUUUCAUGGCACGAAGGAGUUGGAAGACUAUGGCAGGCCGUUAAGGGUUGGCCGGACCAAGGGGAUUGCAAAUAGAUUUCAAGAACCCUCCAAGUAUGUGGGUUUGCGUAAAUUUGGAGCAGAUGAAUGGGAUUAAAGCCACAAAAACCUCAGACAGAUCUUGAAGCAGCG